AUGAGUUCAAGCGAAGACGAAGCUUUAUUGCAGCAAUUAACAACAGAAGAGCUAAAGGAGCUAGGCGAAUACAUUGAUCCGGAGGAUCAGCUGCUACCUGCUGGAUACCGCCAGCCUGAUCAAACAGAAAAGGAAUUAACUGGAGCUUUUGAUCGUCAGCAUCUUUUGGACUAUAUGAAGGAAGAAGCGUACAAGUAUGAAGACGAUGAAGAAGUUGUUCCAUACGAAAAAAAUGUUAAAAGAGGAAAGGUGUUUAUUAACAAAAAUAAACCUGAAAUGCCUUCAAACAAGAUUUUAGACUUUUCUGAUGAACUAUUAGCUGCCCUAGACAAUGCUACCGAUGCUGAAAUCGCAGACUUAGCCAGUAUUGUGAAAUAUGCAAAGUCGCGUGUUGAAGUACCAGAUGAGCCUGAUAAUGAUACUGAUAUAGAUGAAUCUAUCGAAAUGUUGAGAAAUAAUGAUCCUAACUUGCGAGUACUGAACUUAAAUAAUCACAAAGAGAUUAACGACAACAAGUUAUUGGAAGUUAUCAAAGCAUUGGCCAAUAAUACAUCCGUAAAAGUAAUUGCUUUAGUUAAUACUAAAAUGCGAGAUCAUGCGGCCUUGGAACUUAGUAAGGCUUUGAUAAAAAAUUCAUCGAUAGAAGAGUUGAACAUCGAAUCGAAUCACAUUUCUACAAUCGGACUGUCGGCCGUUGUAGCAACUUUAGCUACUAAUACAACUCUGAAAUGUCUUAAAUUAAGCAAUCAGAGUCAAUCCUAUGGAGCGAAGCUAGAAGAAGAGUCUGCAAAAGUUCUAGAGAAUAACAAAACUCUACUAAAAUUCGGUUUAACCUUUGGCUCUCCAGGCCCAAGGCAACUCGUGCAUCAAUACUUGUUAAGAAAUAAUGAUUUCGCUCGAAUCAGAAGAGUAGAAGAGGAGCAAGGUUAA